UGGUUUUUGCAGUGAUAUCAUCGUCGAGUACAUAUUUAUAUUUACCUUGUUUUUUUUUUAAAUACAUUUGAGUGAUUUUUAAGCAUAAAUUGAGUUCCUUUUAUGAUUACCAAUUUUCUUACUAUCACUGCGCCGUUAGUUUUUAAACGCACUUUAUCCAUAAUGCCUCGAGGAAGAACUUUGCAAAAUGUUGUAUUCGAGCUGGAGAAGUUUGCGCCACUCAAUUUAGCCGAAAAGUGGGAUAAUGUGGGCCUCCUGAUCGAACCUCAUAGGGAGAGAUCCGUACGCAAUAUUCUGCUAACCAACGACUUGACGGAGCGUGUUAUGCAGGAAGCUGUUGAUCAGUGCGCCGACCUGAUUGUCUCUUAUCAUCCACCAAUAUUUGCACCACUUAAACGUAUUACACAAAAAAACUGGAAGGAACGAAUUGUUUCUAUUUGCCUAUCAGAAGGUAUUGCUUUAUAUUCACCACACACAACUUGGGAUGCUGUGCCUGGAGGAGUGAACGACUGGCUGUCCUCUGCACUGCCGUGUGUAGAUAUGCAGCCCAUAGAGCCUAACCCCUUGGGUGCUGCGUUUGGUGGUGCUGGACGUACUUUUACCACAUCUGUCACGUUGGGCCAAGCCGUAGCCAGCGUUCAGAGACAUAUCGGGCUCAACGUGCAUUUAGCUAUGGGUGUCAAUCAUAGCAUGGACACGCCCAUUACCGUAGUGGCUGUUUGCGCUGGUUCUGGUGCAUCUGUGCUGAAAGGUUACGAGGCAGAUCUUUUUAUAACAGGAGAAAUGCCGCAUCACGAUGUGUUGGACGCAAAUCAUCGAAAUAUUUCAGUAAUUCUGUGUAAUCAUAGCAACUCCGAGCGUGGAUUUCUACAGAAAUUUCAGAUCAAGCUUCACGAUAUACUAAAGGGCGAUUGUGAAAUCAUAAUUUCUGAAAAGGACGAGGACCCUCUGAAGACCGUAAUUAAAAGUUAAACUUCGACGGUGAAUUAUAUAAAUAUCUAAACAUUUGCAUUUUCUCCUUUUUUUUUGUAUACACGUUUAAGCAGAUCGUUUAUUGCAUUUUGUUAAAUUUAAAUUUUUGUACUUAUUCAAAGUCUAACAAGCACCUGCAGCUAAAAGUUGCGUAUUUCGUAUACUGCCUUUAAAGAAAUAAAGAAUCCAUUUUCUAAAAUGCUUUUGAAGCAAUUUUGGAGAAUUUUCCGCUAAAAAUUUA